ACGGAGGGAGUAUUAUAAAAUCAUUUCCCUGGCGGGACAGCAGCAGCAGCAGGUGCACUCCUAAGACUCAAAAAAGGAAAAAUAAAAAAGUGGGAGCCACGGGUAGCGCGGUAUCAGUUCGGAGUCGGAGCCGGAGAUCGGCGAUGACUGCCGCCGGUAAUCCCUCCGUCACUUCCACGGGACCACCGCCACGUGGCACUGCCAAUAGACCUUACGAUUCCUCUGUUGAUUUGGUUCCGCAGAGGAUAGUACUGUCGCCUGAUCAGCGUAGUUACUGUUUGGAAGCAUUAAAUGCCUUUAAGGACAAAAGGUCUCACUCUCCAGAUCAAAUUGCCUCUGAGUUCUCCACUUUGCAGGAAAAUAGGUUGAAAGCUUCAGAAAUGAAGAGUAGAUGCUUGGUGGCUAUGGACAGCACAAACAUCAGCAAGAAUCGUUAUACUGAUGUUAUCCCAUUUGACAAUAACCGGGUUGUUGUGGACCCAUGUAAAGACUACAGACCGUCAGCUAGGGGAUAUAUCAACGCAAGCUUUAUAUCGAUAUCUGAAGGGGUGUGUCGGUUUAUUGCAACACAAGGUCCACUAGCACACACCUAUGAAGACUUCUGGGAAAUGGUAAUCCAGCAUCGCUGUCCUGUGAUUGUGAUGCUUACCCGAUUGGUUGACAAUUACAAGACGGUGAAGUGUGGGGAUUACUUUCAGGCAGAAGAUGGACCUAGAACAUUUGGCAAUAUAUGUAUUGUGACAAAAUAUAUCACGUCGAGCGAUACCUCCUUAGUAUUGCGAACUCUGGAGGUGAACUAUAUUGAGUCAGAAGAACCGCCUUUGCGUGUUUUACACAUUCAGUAUCCUGAAUGGCCUGACCAUGGAGUUCCAAGAGACACACUUGCUGUUCGUGAAAUUCUUAAGCGAACAUACAGUGUGCCUCUUAGUCUUGGACCAAUUGUAGUACACUGCAGGUAUUGGUAGGACUGGAACAUAUUGCACAAUCCAUAAUACCAUCCAGAGAAUACUGGGUGGAGAUAUGUCAGCUCUUGACAUCGUUAAUACAGUAGCCAUUUUUAGGUCUCAGCGAAUUGGGAUGGUCCAGACCAUG